AUGCGAGCCGAUCGAGCUGCUCAAAAGAUAUGUCAAAUCUUCGUCUUCGUCUUGAUGGGAUCGUACCCGUUCGCAGGUAAAGUGAGGGCCAUCCAGUGACCUGAUCCACCAUGCACCUAACCUGCGAAUCGGCAUGUUGGGUCAGGGUAUGCUGUUGCACUGAUCUCCGGGUACGAUAUUGCAUCUCCGGUACGACAUGUUGCAUUUCCGCAUACGAGAUAUUAGGGAGCUUUAGAUUUGAGCACGAGAUUCGUCAAGCGAAACGCGCGCUGUAUGCUUACGUCAUCCCGUACUGACGCGAAAAGUCGUAGCCGUCGCCCAUCUGACUGAGCACGAAAUUGUGGAGAAAUCUCGUAGUCCUCAAUACGACUUUUCAAAAACAAAGAAACUUUUUUUUGUUUUCCAAAAAUAAUUUAUAGCAUUUAUAUACUGUUUAUCCGGCGCAAAUAAUAUAUUAGUACUAAAAAUCUGGCCUGUUUUUAAUGUUAUGACUUAUUUACACGUUUUGUAGGGGAUUUAUUUAGUCUGCAGGAGAUUUAGUUUGCGAAACUUUUUCUCUCGUUGUUGAUUUACUGCUAUAAAAGCAACAUAAACGACUACGGUGAUUUCCUCGCACGCGAUCAAAUCUCGUACUCGUAGUCAAAUCUAAAGCUCCCAGCCUAGUUCUCAUUCAUCGCAAACUGUCACUGACGAUCGGCGACGCUUACGAGAUAAGGCACAAUACUGCACAUAGUAUCUUACAAUUUUGUCCACAAUCCCCCUCCAUAGAUAUCCAAAGGUUUGCAAAGUGAAUCAUAGUGUGAGGUGGUAAUUCAGAGUAAAAAUAAAAAACAUUCUGAAAAAGCCAUAGAAAAAACAGAAUUUUCUAACUAAUGUCAAAAUAUAUUACAGUUAGAUUAAACUUCACGCUACAUGUUCAAAACUUUUAAUAGUUUUAAAAAUAAUUGUAUUAAUUUAAUGGUAUAGUAUUGCCUUAAUAUGUAAGUGCCAGUGGUAAGCCACCGUUAUGUAACUCAGUUGCACACCACCUAUUGAAGGUUUACAAUCGCAAAGAAACUUUCUCACAUGCAAGCUUUUUUCGAUUUCCCUUGGAUGCUGAAAGGUAAGAAAUUACUUUUUUAAAUAGGAUACUUUUGGUUUCAUAAAUUAAUUGGACAUUAUAGACUACAAAUGUUUUUCUAUUUCAGCGAGACAUCUUUGUAGGAUAUAUAUAUAUAUUUCUUUUUGGGUGAGUUUAGGAGUCUGAAUUAAUAUGACCAUGGAUAAUAAAAUAAAUGGAUAGGACUCUAGCUGACGUAAGCAAAAACAACCUUAAAAAAAACUUAAAAAACUUAAAAACAACCUAGUUGCAAUCUGUGACGUCACGCGUAUUGCAAAGUUCUCGGCAUUUUUGUUGUUUCGCUAUACUUUCCGCUUUAAAAGAGUAAUAUUGAAGCAUAUACUGGUCUAAUUGUUUUAAAAACAUGCCUAAGCCACGACAAAGUAUUCAAGGUAAAUGUUUUUCGUCUUUGUUUUGUAUUUUUUUACAUUUGUAGUUACGAAAUUGGCGUCACAAAUUUUAACGAAAUUUGCGAUGUAUUUUUCACUGUUUAGUGCUUGAAAUAUUUGCUAAAAUUGACUGGGAAUACUUAGAGAUUUCAUCGUAGAAUGGCGUAGUUAUAUUCAUUUGCUCUUUGACUAAAAUGUUUAGCUGUAUUAUUGCUAAACAUGCCGUUUUUGAGAAUUUGGUUUGCAACUAGGUUUCAACAUCCAAUCACGCCAUCAGCCCAUUGAAAAUAUUAGGUACGUCAGCUAGUUUCCUAUCCAUUUAUUUUAUUAUCCAUGAUAUGACGUAAGCAUAGGCGUACGGGACGGGGGGGCUGGGGGGGCAGCUGCCCCCCCCCCCAAAAGAUUACAAAGUCGAAAAGUCGGGCAAAUGUUCAACAAAAGUCGGGCAAAAGUCGGGGAAAAAGUAGUCAAAGCAAUAAAAUCUCUAGUAAUAAUAACCCCAGUUUGUUGGGCAAUAUUCGCUUCACAGUCGGGCAAUAUUGGGUUAUUAUAAAAAUAAAUGGGAUAAAUUCUGCCAAUUUUGCGGGAAAUUAUGUAAAUUUUGUGAUGUUUGGGAAAAUUUGUUUGAUGUUCCGAAAAAUUUUGUAUGUCCGAAAAAUUUUUGGACCCCUAAAAUGGUACACUGACCCAAAUUUUUUUGGCGACGGGGGGGGAGGGUUGGUCGCCAAAAUUUAUUGUUCCGGAAAAAAAAUUUUUCGGGCACUGGUCGGGCACAAUUCGAAAAAGUCGGGCAAAUUUCUUUCUGCCCCCCCUAAUUUUUUCCUUCCCGUACGCCUAUGGACGUAAGAAAACUUGUAAUAUUAAAAUGGCAGGUGUAAAAAAGGGAUGGAGAACCUUUCUUAGUUUAUAAAAUUAUCUUACUAGACUGAGAAAUUAAAGCAUGGACUUUAAUUGUUUAUAGGUUUUAUUAAGCCUGGCGCACACGAUGCGAUUUUAGUCGGCCGAUAAAAAUCGUUUGACUAAAACUAACAAAAUCGUUGUGUGUGCGGUGUCAUUUUUAACCGAUUUUUGUUGCUCGAUGUUAAUCGGACAACAUCAAAACGUUUUGAUAUUAUGCGAUUUUUAUCGGUGGAAUUUUAAGUAUAACCAAUCAGAUUUCAUGCUGUGAUCACGUGCUUGUAUUUAUUUGGCAACAUGGCGGCUACAGUUCAGGGAGCGUAUUUUUUUCGUAAUCGUGUGCGGAGUAUACCGAUGUAUAUCGGUAUGUCAAACGAUUUUUAUCGGCCGACUAAAAUCGCAUCGUGAGCGCCAGGCUAUAGAGAGGAGGCUAAAUUUAUAGAGAAUUUUACUAAAUAAUUAUCCAAGUUGUAUUUGCCGGCUUAAUCUCUGUGCAAAAAUACAAUUAAUAAUACAAUUACAUUUUUUAGAUCAAAGAGAUGGGUAGUCAACUCCCGCAGACAAGACCUCGAAAAGAAGGAUCGAAAAUAUUUAUAUAACAAUUACCGGAUUUGUUCAAAUCAAUUUGAAGACUCGAUGUUUCGUGGCAACUUAAAAAAUCGUUUGAAAGAAAAUGCAGUGCCUAUUAUUUUUGCAGUGCCGAAUCCGCCCAAGUCAAUAGGGUCAAAACGCCACCUUCUAGUCGACCGAUACAGCAUCAUCAACACAUGGUAACUAGUUUAACCCUUUACGUGGCAAUGCACCCAUGUGGGCCCCACUUUAUUACUAUUUUUACUCUGUUUAACACCAGACGAUUUCACUUGUCAGGGGGAGAGUCCUGCCACUUAAUGGGUUAAUAUACAAAACUACUGUAGAACAAUUUUUUUCCAAACAUUUGUUUUACUAAAAUGCAAUUGUAACUUAUGGUGUAUUAAGAUUGUUAUACUUUCAUUUAGGUAAGAGACGGAAAACAGACACUGCCAAGAAAUUAUACUUGAAAGAUCAACUACUGAUGAACUUGGUAGGUACAUAGUCAUAGAACAAACGAACAUACAACAAACCUUGAUAUUUUUACAUGUGAAUGAACCACUGUUAGAAAUAGGAUUUUGUUGGCAUCACCCAACUCCCUUUUGUUCUCAAAAUCUUUAUUACAAUCAUUUAGGUGAAAGCACAUCUUUGUUGGUAACUGAAGACUCCUAUGAAGCUAUGGAGACCAAUGAAGUGUUGCAAAAUGAUGAAGAACCUCAUAAUCAGCCAGAUAUAUAUUCGGCAAACAGAGCAAUUUAUUGUUAAAUACAUGUAUCAAGUUACACAAGCGAGGUAUUAAUUAAAAACAUUUUAUCUUUUUUACAGGCAGCUCUGAGUCAGAAAUCCAACAAAGUCAAGCUUGUCAGACAAGUUCAUAUCUUACUUAUGGUACUCCCAGAAAAACGAAAAUGCAGAAAACACUUGCGAUUCAGCGUAAACAAAGAAGAGAAGUGCAAUGAGAAAAAAGCUCUAUCAACCCUAAGAAAAUUUCUGUCUAAGCAAAUAGUGGACAAAAAAAGAGGGAAAGGGAGACGAUAUAGCCCAGCUCUCAAAGUUUUUCUAUCUUCCAUCAAAACGGAGUCUACGCAGGUGGGUUUCUCGGUUACCAGGAACACCUGGAAUUGCAGAAGCUGCAAUGAAUGUCAUUGAAACUAAAGUGAAAGUAUAUAAUCAAACACACAAAGGCAACCUAUUACAUGAAUGCUUUUAACCAAUAUGAGUCUAAUCCGAAAGAAAUGUGGAAAAAAAUAAGUGAUCUAACAAACAAGAAAACCAAAAGUACAAAUAUUUCUGAGAUAAAAGAGGAUGGAGUAAUGUUAACUGAUCCAACAGAAGUUGCGAACUCCUUCAAUAAAUUUUUUAGCGAAAUUGGCCCUGAUCUAUCUGAUAAAUUACCAGAACCGGAUUAUCUACCAGAAUCGUAUGUAAAUCCCAUAAAUUCCGAGUUCUAUUUUCAAACAAUAACCGAAACAGAAGUUUUUAAAUUAUUGACUACACUUAAAACAUCUAAGGCCACGGGACAUGAUAGAAUUUCGGCUAAACUGUUGAAGGACUCUGCGGAUGUAAUUACAAAGACGUUGACUCAAAUAUUUAACAAAUCAGUACUUUUAGGUAAAUUUCCGGAUGAUAUGAAAGUGGCAAUUAUUUCUUCUAUUUAUAAAACAGGAAGUAAAACGGAAACCACGAACUAUAGACCAGUGUCCGUGCUCUCCGUUGUCGCGAAAAUUUUUGAAAUUUUUGAAAUUUAUCUCGCAGCAGCUUAA